UUGUUGUUUGUAUAACUUGAUAUCACUUUAUAUUAGAAUUGAACAUUUAUAGUUUUCAAAUGUUUACGCGAAUUUUUUUUGUCGAAUUUAUGAUUGUCGUAUGUUUGUUUUUUUAUUUCUUUUUUCUUCUCACUUUUUUUUAUAUUAUAUUUUUAUAUUUUAUUCUAAUAAGCAUUGUCUUGUUGAAUCAUAGAAGGCUUUGUUAAAUUUCUUGUAAUUGAUAUAAUUCUUGAAUGUUAAUUCUUAAAAGUUUCAUUGUAGUCAUGAUUAUUUUAAUUCAUGAUAAUUGUAUUGAUUUUUGGUAUUGAUCUUUGGUAUUGAUCUUUUUUUGGCAUCUUAAUCAGUAAUAGAAGAUGGAAUUAUCUUUUCAUUAUAUUAUAUUAAAAUGAUUUAAUAGUAUAAAUGUUUGAAUUUAUAGAUAUCUCUGUGCUAGAGUUUCUUGAGAAUUGAUCUUAUUAUUACUUACUUUUUUACUUUGUUUAAACUGAAAAUAAUAUUAAUUUGCUGAAUAAUUCCUGGAGAGCUGUAUUAUGAAAUUAUUUAUACAUAACUGAAGCUGCAUUAUAUAAAUUGGAAAAAGAAUUAAUUAUUAUUAAUAAUAAUUCUUUAGUUACUAUUAUUGAGAGUAUUAGUUGAGAUUAUGUAAUUUGAGAUCCUAAAGUUUUGUCAUUAAUUUCAAUUUUAUUGUUAGAAUGUGGAAAAUUAAAUAUUAAAUUAAAUAUUCUAAUAAAAUUAAGUUGGUUUUAUGAAGUAAAAAUGAGUUUUGAUCUAUUAUCAAUAUAGAUUUUUUUCUUUUUAUCUUGUUGAUGAAAAACAUUGUUCUUUAUAAUUUAUUCCUUUUAUUCUAUUAUUUUUCUAUCAUUUAAUUUUUUAAUUUUUCUAUUAUUUAAUUGAAGCUUCUUCAUAUUUGUAUUUUCCAUUAAUUUCUUUUCAUAAGAUAUUUUAAAAUUAUUGACAUGAAGAAGUUUGUUUUUUAAGGAUUUUUUUUAUUCUGUUUAGUUUCAUAAGAAUAAUAGAUUUAUGUUUAUAUAAUUUUAGAAUUUUUUUUAUUUAAAUUUCAUUGUGUUAUAUGUGGAUUCUUAUUGGAAUUGUAUUUGUUAGAUUAAGGUGUUUAUAUAAUAUAUUGGAUAAGGUUAUAUAAUAUAUUGAUUUCUUCAAUUAUGAGAUUAUUGUGGGAUGAAAAUUAAUUGUUUAAUUUUUUCUAAUUAGUGGUAUUCAACUAGUUGAAGAACUUCUGAUUUAUUCAGAAUCAAGAAUUUCUUUUAAUAGAGAUAAUAAAGAUACGAUAAGUUGACAAUUUAAUAUAUUGAAAAGAUGAAAUUCUUAUAGGAGAGAUUGUGAAAUAAAAAACAAAGAGUAAAACAAGAAAAAAGUAAAAAAACAAUUUAAUUAAAUCUAUUAUUCAACAUGGUUAACCUAGAUUUACCAGAAAUACCAUUAUCUUUAAAAAGUAUACAACAUUAUCUAAAAAUAGCAUCAAUGCAUGAUCAACGAGAUCCUGUUAUUAGUUAUUGGUGUCGAUUAUAUGCUCUUCAAACAGGAUUAAAAUUAUCAACCAAAUCACCAAAGGAAACAAACUUUUUAAUGAAAUUAAUGGAUUGGUUAGAAACAACUAAAAAAGAAUUAUAUGAUAAUGAAGCUAUUACAAAUGAUAUAGCUGCUCAGGCACAUUUAGAAAAUUGGGCAUUGAAACUUUUUCUCUGUGCAGAUAAAAAUGAUAGAGCAGCUAAUUUUGGAAAGAAUGUAGUACAUAGUUUUUUUACAGCUGGAUUACUUUAUGAUGUAUUAACUGUGUUUGGAGAAUUGAGUGAAGAAGCUAUACAAAAUAGAAAAUAUGCUAAAUGGAAAGCAGCAUAUAUUCAUAAUUGUUUAAAAAAUAAUGAAAUGCCUCUACCAGGACCCUUACAAGAGAAUAAUGAAAAAACAAAUUUUAAUAAAAACAUGGAAGAUUCUACAACAGAAGCAAAAGAAGAAGAUACUUUAAAUACAGAAGAUUUAGUUGUUAUUGGUAAUACUAAUCUAUCUGAUACAGUAUAUGAUAAGACUAAUGAAGAAAAUAUAGAAGAAUGGUCUUCUGAAAAUAAAGAUUGUAAUGUAGUUACGAAAAUAGAAGGUGGAAUCGAAUUAUCAGUGGAACAAAUAAAUAAGGCACAAAAAUUUAUUAAAUGGUCGGGAAGUGCUUUAAAUUAUGAUGAUGUGCCUACAGCUGUGUUAAAUCUUCAAAAAGCUUUACAUCUUUUAACUACUGGUGAAGAACUCACAUAAUCAAAAUCAAAAUAAUCAAAAUCAAAAUAUUGUUAUUUCACUUAAUAAUAACAGUUAAUUAGUAAAUUAAUUUUUAUUGUUUGUGAAUAAUAAUGAUUUAAUUGAUACAUAAGUAAAAAUGAUAAAAAUGAUAAAUUAUUUAUUUUAACUGUUUACAUUAUUACAUUUAUGCUGAAUUAAAAGUAUUUUUGAAAUAUAUAUUAAAUUUGUAGAUGUAUAAAAUCGGCGUUAAUAUUUAAAUCUAUUAUUAUAAUGAUUAAUGUGAAAGUUCACAAUUAUAUAUCAAAAAUUUUAAUAGUGCAAAAUAAAUCAUAUGUCAUGUAUUAAUAAGUUAAUUAAUAUAUAAAUAAGUUAAUUAGUAAUUCUGAUUGUUUUCAAAUAAAAAAAAUAGUUAAAAAUAUAAAUUUCAAAAAAAUUGAAAAUUAUAAUUAAUUUUUCUUUUUUUAUUCGAACGUGUAAAUUAGUUUUGUGUGCGCGCGCAAUUAUUAAAUAGCGCAAUUUUAAAAUGUUCUCUUAUGUAGUCAACCUUAAUAUUUUACAACAAAUAUAUCAUUAUACAUAUAUAUGUUAACUUUACACUUAUUUUUUCGCUAUUUUUAUUUUUGCUUUACUUUAUAGAUAUAUUAUUUAAUUUAUUCCAUUGAUUAUAAAUUUAACAUUUGAAAAAUAAAUAUACAAUUAAUUAACGUUA